UGUCGUGUUAUUUUUCAAGUAUAAAUACGCGUCGGGUGAUCGUAGGCUUUCAGUGUUUCGACUCGCGCACGCUCGUCUGUAUUAUACGAAUCGCAAUUAAUAUUACCGUUUUCCUAUAUAAAGCCGUUAUUGCUCUACACAUUGCUACAGUGCAAUCCCUUCGAUUUUCCGUCCAAACCUAUAUAGUGCACUCUCGAGAGCAGUCGGAUCGCACAGUCAGUUCUGCGCGUAUAAAGCUAAAUAUUGUCGUGCAGAAGGAACGACGAUAUACUAUACAGCUGCAAUGUCACUCUACGCGAUGCGGUCGCUGCAGGUCGUGGUCGUCAUCGCCGCGUCAUCACUGCUGCAGACGACGUCGGGCAGUCCCUUGUCAGUGUACGGUUACGGAGCGGCCGCUCGGCCACAGCCCGACCACCGGCACAACGGCUACUACGGGCGCGCGGCCGCCGCCGACGACGAGCACCCCUCCGCCCCGCCCAAAUACAACUUCGCGUACGACGUGUCCGACGCGUACACGGGCGACUACAAGACGCAGACCGAAGUGAGGGACGGCGACAACGUCAGAGGACAGUACACGGUCGUCGAACCGGACGGCACCAGGCGCGUGGUCGACUACACGGCCGACGAGGAGAACGGCUUCAACGCGGUCGUGUCCAAGGAGGGCCACCCGUCCGCCGACGCCCCCGCUUACCGACCGGUGGCCGCCGCCCCUGCUUACCGACCUGCCGCCGCCGCCACCGCCGCCGCCGCUUACCGACCGGCCUAUAAACCAGCCUACAAGCCAUCCUUGUCCGCCGCUUACCGUCCGGCACCGGCCGCCGUCUACCAGCACGCCGCCGACGCCGCUUACCCGACGGCCGCCGCCGAGCCCGCUUACCCGGCUUACCCGGACGCCCCGUUGCACAAAUCCGCCUACAAGCAGCGACCUUCCUAUUACCCGUACAGAUCGUACUGAUCGAGUCCGUACAACGUUAAUCUUAUCGUCCAAUGAUGACUAUAUUAUAAUAAUUAUUACCUACGACUGUAUUAUAUUGUUCAUUAUAUAACUACCUGUUAUUAAAGAAUUGUUGUUAAACGAGAUCGAUCCUUAAUAAAUUCCAUUAUAUUUUUA